AGCCAUCCCAAACACACACCUAGCUCGAUCAAAAGAAACACUUAAUCCCUUUGAUUGAAGAGCUAUAGCUACUAGCUAGCUCUCUGAUCGGUAGCAAUGGCAUCCAAGCUUAUUUCCCUGUUCCUGGCCCUGACCAUCCUCUCCACUGUCCUGGCCCUGGUGCAUGGCUGCACGCCGUACUGUCCUACUCCGCCGGUGGUGCCGCCACCAUCGCCGCCUUCUGGCGGUGGCGGCGGGUCGUGCCCGAUGAACGCGCUGAAGCUGGAGGUGUGUGCCAACGUGCUGAACCUACUGAAGCUCAGCAUCCCCCCGAAGAACGACCAGUGCUGUCCGCUGCUGGAAGGCCUGGUGGACCUAGACGCCGCCGUCUGCCUCUGCACCGCCAUCAAGGCCAACAUCCUGGGCAUCAACCUCAACGUGCCCGUCGACCUGACCCUCCUCCUCAACCACUGCGGCAAGAUCUGCCCCGCGGACUUCACCUGCCCCGCUUAAUUUUAUUAAAAUGCAUGAGCAUUAUGAUUUGCUCUAAUUUGAUCGCUCAUACUAUAUAUGUGUGUAUGUCGUCGUUCGUUGUUGCUCUGCAUAAUCUGCAUGCAUGCAUGGGUUAGGUUAUUACACAUAAUCUGCUUGUGCAUGCAUGUGUAGUAUAUGCAUGUCCUUUUCUUUUUAAACCUUUUAAUUUUCUGAUGAGAGUACGUGUGAUCGGUCGUCUAUCGAUCAUAUAUAUAUAUUGUACCCUCGCAAAUUGUACGUUGUUCUCUCUUGUAAUACUACUACAUACAUGCAUAAAAACAUGUGUACGUUUGUAUACUACGUGAAAUAAAAGUUUAAACAAGCUGUGUUAAAUUA